CUGAUGCGAAGUGAAACGUCCCCGGAUCGAGUCCAGCGUCCGCAUAUGAAGCGCGAUAGGAGGAGAGAAGGAGGAAGUAAGAGCCCCAAUAAACAAGAAGAGGGUGAGGAAUAACAGGAAGACGUUGGUCUGUGAGGGGGGAAAUAAAGAAAGAAAUAAGGAGGCUUUAUUUUUUUAACACCGGUUUUCGGAGCGAAUCUCUGAGAGGAUGCUGAUGCUGCUGCCGCAUCUCUCCGAGCGCAGAUAGCUGCUCCAUCCGCGCAGUCUUCUCAUCGCGUCUGGUUGUGAUUAACCUUCUGGAAGAGGAGGAGGAGGAGGAGGAGGACGGCGUGAGAGCAGAAAGCCGCGGCAUCGGGAGGAGGAAAUGUUGGCUGGUCCUUCAGGAGGAUCCCCCUGAAGCAUCACCCGGCAGGAUCUCUGCGCUCAGGCUGCCUCGGUCGCGCCACUGCCGACUUCUCUGAGACGCAGCGGAAGGAAAACCCAGAAGAAUAUUUUCCUUUCUCCUAAAUUAUUUAGGGGGUAUCUGUUCUCUGAGCGCUGCAUAUGCCGCUGCCUUUGUCUCACGUCUUCAGCGGAUGGUUUUAGACACAGAGAGGUGGCGGAUGGCAGCCGAUGGCCAGGCGCCCCACGUUUCUCCAGGAGAGGGAUGCAGCCUGGAAUAACCCCGGCGUCCGACGCUCUGGUGAUCGGCGCACCGGCUCUGAUAGCGCAAGCCUUCCUGCGGGAUCUCCCGCUUUCCGUCCAAUUUUGGGUCUGCUGAUGUUCUCCCUGCACCUUCCAGAACAGCGCAAGCGCUGAGACACCUGACCCCCCCCCCCCCCCCCCCUCCUCCUACACACGAAUCAGCACCGGGAGCCCGAACUCUUUUUCAUGGCUUUUGUCUUCAGGAGAUGGAGGGUCCUACUGCUGCUCAACGUGCUGGCGGUCGCGGGGUUCAUGACCUUCUGGGCCAAGUGCAACAGCCGCAGCGUCCAGGCGGCCGGUCCGGAGGCUCCGGCCGACGGCAAGCGGCCCCGGGCCAACGGGACGGCGCAGGGGCCCAGCGUGAGCCACGAGGUGCUGCUGAAGAGGCUCAGCUCGCUGGAGGAUGUGGUGUACAGGCAGCUGAACGGUCUGUCCAAAUCCCUGGGCCUGAUUGAAGGCUUCGGGGGCCGUGGUAAAGGCGGCCUCCCUGCUACGCUUUCGCCGCUGGAGGAGAAUGACGCCAAAUACCUGAAGGAGAAGUACGGCUACAAUGCCUACCUCAGUGACCGGAUCUCUCUGGACCGCACCAUCCCGGAUCACCGGCCUAGCAAAUGUAGAAAAGUCAGCUACCCCAGAGACCUCCCCCAGAUCUCCCUCAUCUUCAUCUUCGUGAACGAGGCCCUGUCAGUGAUCCUGCGCUCCGUCCACUCGGCCGUCAAUCACACGCCGGCUCACCUGCUCAAAGAGAUCAUCCUGGUGGACGACAACAGCGAUGACGAGCAGCUGAAAGGACCUCUGGAGGAUUAUGUGAACAAGCGCUACCCCGGGCUGGUGAAGAUCGUCAGAAACCAGAAAAGAGAAGGACUGAUCCGGGCCAGAAUCGAGGGCUGGAAGGUGGCGACGGCGGAGGUUACCGGAUUCUUUGAUGCCCAUGUGGAGUUUACUCCUUCAUGGGCCGAGCCUGUGCUGGCCAGAAUAAAAGAGGACCACAAGCGGAUCAUCCUGCCGUCCAUCGACAACAUCAAGCACGACACUUUUGAGGUGGAGCGCUACGAGAACUCCGGCCACGGCUACAACUGGGAACUGUGGUGCAUGUACAUCAACCCGCCCAAGCAGUGGUGGGACGAGGGGGACAUGUCUGCACCCAUAAGGACUCCUGCCAUGAUUGGCUGCUCCUUUGUGGCCGACCGGGACUACUUUGGGGAACUCGGUCUGCUGGACUCGGGCAUGGACGUCUACGGAGGGGAGAACAUUGAGCUCGGCAUCAGGGUUUGGCUGUGCGGUGGCAGCAUGGAGGUGCUGCCUUGCUCCAGAGUGUCUCACAUUGCUCGAAUUAAAAAACCCUACCACAGCAACAUAGCGUUCCACACCCGGCGUAACGCUCUGCGGGUGGCCGAGGUCUGGAUGGAUGAAUACAAGUCCAAUGUGUACCUGGCCUGGAACAUCCCCAUGGAGAACCACGGCAUUGAUUACGGAGACAUUUCUCAGAGGGUCGCGCUGAGGAAGAGUCUGCAGUGUAAGAGCUUCCAGUGGUACCUGGAUAACGUCUACCCAGAAAUGAGGAGGUACAACAACACGGUCUUCUACGGCGAGAUCCGUAACUCCAAAGUGAGCCACUUGUGUAUGGAUCAGGGUAUGAAGGAAAACCACACAGCCACCCUUCACCCCUGCCAUGGCUGGGGUCCUCAGUUGGGACGCUACACCAAAGACGGUCAGCUGUUCCUGGGUCCACUGGGGAGCACCGGCGAUGAAACCCGCUGUGUGGUGGACGAUCAGAUCAGCAGCUUCCCCCAGCUCCUAAACUGUGACAAGGUGACCAACGUCAAGCAGAAGACGUGGAACUUCUCUCAGAAUGACUCCAUCACAAACCGAGCCACGGGACGGUGUCUGGAGGUGGUGCCGGCCAACGUUUACUUCGGCCACCUGCUGGUCCUGCAGCCCUGCUCCGGUCAGAGGUGGACCAUCAAGAACGCCAUGAAGCAAUAGCCCACAGAGAGGGCCGGUUCUGCUGGGCUGUGAUUGGCUCACAGAGGUCAGCUCACCUGCGUCUGGCACAGGGACGUACGACUCGACAAUGAGACUCCUCCUCUGCAACACUUAAGACAUCUUAAAUACUCUGGGUGCCAUGAAGAUUAUCUGGGAAUUAUUUUUUAUAAAAAGGGACGUUGAAAAUGGCAGGUUAAGCAUGAGGAUUGUUUCUGUCUGACUUCUUUUGACUUAAUGUGUUGUUAUAAAUCCUGCGUGUGCUACUCCACAGUGCUUUGUUGUUCAAGGCUUGAGAUUAAAUCAACCAAAUUGGCGUUACAGGAACUGCAAAAGAGUCUGGAGCCAUCCUUCAAUGGCGUAUCCUUGUUUUCCAAGAAGUCGUUAUAAUUCCUGCAUCAGUUUGAAGUGGUUUCUGGUUUCCAGGCUUCCUGAAUAUCUUUCAAAAGUUGUUUUUCUGACUUUGGCUGCCAUUUCUCUCAUUUCAGUCUUGCGUCUACCAAUCUUCAGUUUUUUUUUCUGAAUUUAUGAGUAAAGACACUUUUUAGCAAACAACCAAUUGAUUUCUAAAAGAGUAAUCAGGUGUAAACUCGGUAGACAUCAGGUUUUAAUUGAAAGAUGAUGCAUCCACAUUACUACUAAGCAUACACUGUGUAUUACUCUGCCAUCAGCAGGAACAAGCUUUAUUCAGAAAGUAGGUAAAAAAAAAAAAAAGUCCAAAGACAAUCUUUAAAAGAUCUCCAGGAAGGCUGGAAAACUACUGAUCAGGAUCAAAUAAAGAAAAGACAAUAAAGUCUGACCGCUUUGAAGCAAAUAAAGAAACUUAGGAUGGUUUAGAACUUUUGCACAGUACUGUACAGCUUAUUUGGGGGUAAUAUCAACAUUUCUGUUAUCAACAUCAAAAUCUCUGCAAUAUUACAUUUCUUGUCAUGUCCUGUAAGGUGUAAAAAAAAAAAAAAAAGAGUGAUGCCUUGAAUUUCUGCAACAGGCACGGUUCAGAAUGCUGUCAGCAUUUUCUAAACGCAUCCUCAGCUGUCGUUCCAGAUUUUAGUGUAAUAUACAUAAAAAGGAAGAGAGCCCAUUUGUGACGAGCAUAAGGUUAAAAUAAACCGAAUAAUAAUCACAUAUAAGCAUAAAGAUAUUUUUUACUUUUCAGCUUUCAAAAGUCUAAGACUAAGGCACAGGCAGCAUUUUUAACAGCUGUCAAAAAAAAAAAAAAAAGAAGAAGAACCAAGAGGGCUAAAGAGGCAAGUGGUUCUGAACGCCGUGCACUUUCACACAUCUUAACUGGACGCAUCCUGUAGCAACACACACAGUGGAGCAUGAUUGUUGGUUCUUGAUGCCUGUGGGAAUAAAGUUGAGUUUCUGUGUCCUGUCAGCCGCUGGGUGCCAUAACUAACAAAGCACUUUUCCCUGACUAGGAGCCACUGACUAUGGGGGCAAUACUGAUCGACAUUCUGACGACUUGCUAGGCUGAAAUUGUUCAAAGACUGAGAAGCGUGUGAUGUCCUAUUCUAUUAAUUCAGUGUUAUUUGGUUUGGUUUUUGCGCCUGAGAUUGUCUUCCAAUAAAGGUUUCUUGGUUUG